GAAACAAGUAUUCCCUCGAUCAGUUUUAUUGACGUACACACGGAAUACACUACCUCAUUCCCGUGCGAGGAUAUAUCCCGACGGUUUUACUUGACUUCUCUUGCCGUUGUUCCUACCAUGCCACGAGACCCCAAGCUUCAGCUCUCACAGUGUUCUCUAGCGCCUCCGGCAGAAAUCUCUGGCCCGAUUAAUCCCAGUCGGCGUACAAGUCUCUCUGUUUCUCCAGAUAUAAGUGUAAGAGCCGAAAGCCACACAUCGCGCUCCGAUAGAGGAAAGUUCUUUUCCCCUCCGUCACUAUCAUCAUCAGAUAUGACGCCGCCUCCAUCAUCGCAGAUCCCUGGAGCCCCUCUUCGACAAUCAAGAUCUCGAUCUAGUUCAUACCUUGCAUCUCCGCCUGAUAUUGAGAAGACUCUGUGUGUCGCUUAUGGAGCUUCCGAGAACCUCCCCGCUGCUGAAGAAAUCGAUACUGCUGACGAAUCUAAACUUCGUGCGAUCGCUAAGGAGCUACUGGGCGUAGCUCAAGAAGCUCGUAUGUCAGCGCUGCACUUUAAGUUGCAGAAUAGUCUACUAUCAUUCACGAGCAAUGAAGCCAUCAAGCGCGCCGAGGUUGAACAUAAAUUGGCUAGAAGAGAAGUCGAGAUUCUCCAGAGCUCUGAAUAUCGACGUCGUCAUUCGGAAACUAAACCGCUACAACAAAUUGCCAAUGUGGAAUUAGAACUUGCUCUCAAACGUAAUCAAGAAUUGGAGAGGGUCAACGCUACACUUGACCGGCGGCUUCGCCGAGCGAAGAAACUUAUCGACCAGGAGAAAGUGAAGUCUGAUAAACUCGGGGAAGAAAAUUCUUUGUUGAAAGGCCGUAUCAGAGAUAACCGAAAGCAUCUUUCCUUGAUGAUUGAGCAUGGUUCAUUGUCUCCCAGUCCACAAACCGAGAUUCAGACUCCUCUUAGAAAGUCUGUCCCUCACUUUGCCGAUAAUAGUCACCAUAUGACCAGCGAUGAUAACCAUAACCCUUUCGCUGCUCUUCUGGCGGCGGACCGUGUUCUGAACAGAGAGUCUCCAAGUGCAAUGUCCACAUCAAAUCAGAAUGCCACACAGCAACAGUUUGACAGUCACCAUGUGGGUGGUGCGCAUCCACUGCCUUCUAUUCCUAUGACGCCGUCUCGGUCUCGGAUAGCUCAGCAAGAGAGUCAGUACUUCACUCCAAACAAAAUUUCUCAACGCCAGCGUCGGGAUAGAGACAGCACUAUAUCAGCAUCCGACACCGAGGAAGCCGAAAGUGAAGACGACGCUCCUUCCCACGCUGAUUUAGUGUCAACAAAUAUGUUUCGCCAUAGCCGUUCAGACCAUCAGAAUGUUACGAGAGUGGCAAACGCCCCUAAAUCGAGCACUUUACUUCAAACAACACUCUUCGGUCAGAUUAGAAAAUCAGGAGUUGAGCGUCCCUCCGGCAGUCUCAAACGCAAGGCGAGUUUUGAUAGUGUGGCCUCGAAGAAAUCGAAAGCGGAGGAACGAGUGGGUCUCGGCAUUGACACCUGGAACAAUAACAGCCGUCCAUAAAGUCUACAUGUGCAUUUGGCUGUAUUUCCUGAUUGCACAUAAGUUGGCAAGCUGCGGUCGGAUUGCGGAUCUUCUUGGCUUGGGGCAUCCUUUUCUUAUCUAGACGUUUUUAAAUGUCCUGUUUGCCCUCCCCUCAGGGACAGUUACGAAUAAUGACAUGUAAAUGAUGGGGUGGAUCGGUGUUACUAUGGCGCCUUUUUCGUCUAUUUCAUUUCUCUUGGUUUCAUUGUUGAAUCUUCAAUAUGUUGAAGUCCAGAACGAUUCUACGAUUCUUAUUGAGUAGUAGGCUUUGUACUCUUUCAGAAUAUCUCGAGCUAGGUACCUAGCGAUAGAUAAGAUUUAGUUCUAUCCCCA